AUGGAUGAGACAGGAAGCAGAAACAGCAGCCUGCAGAGAAAAAAACCUCCUUGGCUCAAACUGGACAUCCCAACCAUCCAGCUGACACCAGACGACAUGCCACCACUCAGCCAGGUAGGAUGCAACGCUAAACCAGUGAAGCGUGAGCGCAGUGUCAGCAUGCCAGGGGAAAAUCCACAGACCCACGCUGAUGCCUUGGAAACGUCCAACAGCCACCUCAAACCUCCAUCAGAGAGAUUGCCUUUCAUGCAGUCUGUCAAGAGUGAGAACAGAGUGCACUUUGAUCAUGUCAACACAGUUCCGCCAAAAGGCCAGAGGGGCCCAAGGAGGGAGUCAACCUGCCGUAGGAGGUCCUGCAUCCCCCAAAUACUGGCCAGGCGGCGUUCUUCUAUACCCAAACAGAUCAUCAGGGGUACAGCUGACUGGUUCGGAGUGAGCAAGGACAGCGGCAGCACCCAGCGAUGGAGGAGGAGGAGCCUGCAGCACUGCAGCCAACUGUACGGGGGUCUGAAGACGCAGGUGAUGAGGGACAUGGAGCUACACAGCCAGGACAAUCUGUCCUUAGCCAGCACUGAGACCCCCCCUCCCCUUUACCUCUCGUCCCAACACCCUAAUCAUCACCACCAUCCCUGUGGCAUGCAGCGGAUUGUAGACCCCCUGGCCCGGGGACGUGCCUUCCGCACGGUGGAGGAGGUGGACGGGGUCGGCGUCCCACAAACUCCCCUCACACCUGGCACCGCGUCCCUCUGCUCAUUUUCCAGCUCCUGCUCCGCCCUCAACAGGCUGCCACGACGACGGAAGAGGGAGUCUGUCGCCGUCAUGAGCAUCAAGGCCGCAGCAGCACUAAUGAAGGGUCGAACAUUGGGCGACCGCACUGCCGGUCGACAUCGCAGGCGGAGUUUCAUGCCUCACAGUUUUUUUGAAGACGACACCAUGGAUUUUCCUGAUGAGCUGGAUACUUCCUUCUUCACCAGAGAUGGCUUGCGGGAAGAGCUGUCCAGCUUUGCCGACGACGUUUUUGAGACGCCAUCAGAGGCAGAGCUCCAACAACUGGAUGAGAAUGUGCUGACAGGAGGUGCACUGGAUAGGAGCAAACUGGAGAGGAGUCAUCUCAUGCUGCCUUUAGAGAGAGGUUGGCGUAAAGCAAAAGAUGGCUCUGUGGUCCAGGCCAAAGUUCGUCUAAAGCAGGAGGUGGUGAGUGUCAACAGCCGUCAGCAGCGAGGACAAAGAAUCACAGUUCCUGUUAAAAAGCUGUUUGCUCGAGAGAAGAGGCCGUACGGGUUGGGCAUGGUCGGUCGGCUGACGAAUCGAACGUACCGCAAGCGCCUGGACAGCUUUGUUAAGAGGCAGAUUGAAGAUAUGGACGACCACAGGCCUUUUUUCACCUACUGGAUCACAUUUGUCCAUCUGCUCAUCACCAUCCUGUCCGUCUCCAUUUAUGGUAUUGCUCCCAUAGGCUUCUCACAACAUGAAACUGUAGACUCUGUGUUGAGGAAUAAGGGAGUUUAUGAAAAUGUUAAGUUUGUACAACAACAGAACUUCUGGGUGGGUCCAAGCUCGGAGGCGUUGAUCCACUUGGGAGCCAAAUUUUCUCCUUGCAUGCGUCAAGACGAAGAGAUCCACAAACUGACUCAGGAGAAGAAAGCGAGAGAGCGAGAGUCGGGCUGCUGUGUGAGGAACGAUCGCUCUGGCUGCCUGCAGACGUCACAAGAGGAGUGUUCAAGCACCCUGGCAGAGUGGGUAAAGUGGCCCCAGCACCCCAGUGCUCCAUAUUUAAAUGGAAACCUACGGCAGCAUGGUGCGGUCUGCCAUCAGGACCCCAGAAUUUGUCAGGAGCCAGCCUCAGUUUCACCUCACGAGUGGUCUGAUGACAUCACACGGUGGCCGAUCUGCACAAGGUUCAACUUUGGGAAUCACACCAACCUUCCACACAUAGACUGCACCAUCACUGGCCAGCCGUGCUGCAUCGGGACCAAAGGACGAUGUGAAAUCACCUCCAGAGAGUACUGUGACUUCAUGCACGGCUACUUUCAUGAGGAGGCUACACUCUGCUCACAGGUGGCCUGUAUGGACGAUGUGUGUGGACUGCUGCCUUUCCUCAAUCCAGAGAUCCCUGAUCAGUUUUCCCGGCUGUGGCUGUCUCUGUUUCUUCAUGCUGGGAUCCUGCACUGCCUGGUGUCUGUGCUGUUCCAGAUGAUGGUACUGAGAGAUUUAGAGAAGCUGGCUGGCUGGCUCAGAAUCUCCAUCAUCUACAUGCUGAGUGGCAUCGCUGGCAACUUGGCCUCGGCCAUUUUCCUGCCGUACAGAGCAGAGGUGGGUCCCGCAGGCAGCCAGUUUGGCAUCCUGUCCUGUCUGUUUGUGGAGCUGUUUCAGAGCUGGCAGAUCCUUGAGCGACCGUGGCGAGCAUUUGCAAAACUGUUUGCAAUCUCCGUCUUCUUCUUCUCCUUCGGUCUGCUUCCUUGGAUCGACAACUUUGCUCACAUCUGUGGUUUUGUGUCGGGAUUCUUCCUGUCCUUUGCCUUCUUGCCAUACAUCAGCUUUGGGCGCUCUGACCUGUAUCGAAAGCGAAUCCAGAUCUGUGGCUUUCUGCUGGUCUUUCUGGGUCUGCUUUCCACUCUGUCCGUCCUCUUCUACGUGUACCCUGUGAAGUGCGACUGGUGCGAAUACCUCACCUGCAUCCCGAUAACAGACAAGUUCUGUGAGAAAUACGACUUAAAUGCACACCUCCACUGAAGACCUGUUGCUGUAAUGUCAGAGAUGGUUGAGCUGUUCUGUCAUGUGAGGAUGGAGGUGCUAACUGGACUUGGAGCUGCAGAACAGUUUGGAGCUGAGUAGGAACAAUUCUUAUGGCACAGCCAACAGCUAGUCAGGAUCAGUACAAAUUACUGAGCUCCAAAUGUAUUGGAAAGACAUAGGAGAGCCCUAUGUCUUUCCAAUACCCUAACCCUAACCCACUGAGAGGAAAUUCUGCACAAGAAGGAUAUUUAAACACUUGCACAGAAACAAGUAGAUAAAAAAGAAGU